AUGGUGCCUGAUAUUCACUCUCCAUUGGAGAACCUACUACUUCUGCUGGCUCUUUACCCCUAUGAUGGAGAGUCCUAUACGCCGUCUUUCGAUCACGCUUCAAAUUCGCUCAGAGGCAAUAAGAUCCUGGAGGAGAGUGAUUUCUUCAAACCAGAGCGGUUGGGACCGGAGACCUUGAGGGGCUUAUAUUUGGGGUUGGUCAAAGAGCAGGCGAAGAUCGAGGCAGCGAGUCACAAUGGAUCACCUUCAACAGACCCAAAUCCUCGGAAAAGGAAGCUGUCAAGCCCGCCCAUGGAGACGAUUGAGGAGGCCUCCAAAUAUACACAUCUACUCCCUCGCUUGUUAGAGAGGUUGUAUAUACAAUUCAAAGAUGAUACAACCAAGACUAUAGAGGCAGAAGAGCGUGAAUACCGCAAGAUGCAAUCUUUGCAGCACCACACCAGCGAAGCUCGUGCAGCAAGGCCAGGAUCCCAAGGUGUACCUCCAAUAUCUGCUCUUCUACGUGAGACAGAAGGUAGUGCUCAGCCACGGCCUCCUGCUCCGGUCGAGCCAAUAGUCAAUGGCAUAGGACAGCAUGAGACUCAUCCACCACCUCAUGAGCCAAGGAAUCUACAUGCAGACAUUUACAACCCUCGUUCCCAACCCAGUUCAGCAGAAAACGGACCUCCAUAUCUACCUCCUCCAGCCCCACCUACUCAACCAUACACACUACCGUCCUCGGGCAUUGACAGAAGAACCUCGACACAAAACCAAGGCCCUUCGGCAAGUCCUCGACUGAGCCAUGCUCCACUCCCUCACGCAGAUCGCUCAUCGGCAUCACCUAUUAUACUUCCUCCGCCAAAAGGCAUGGUCCGUUCUUCCGGAUCACCACCAAUGCCUUCACCCCAGCAGGCUCAUUAUCCAUCGACCCGACAGCCGUCAAAUCAGAGCACACCCCAUAUUCAUAGCCAGCGGCCAUACUCCGGCUAUUACGAUACCCAAGGCUACCCGAUACCAUAUUCGCCGUAUGCCCAUAGUCCUGCCUCACAAAUGUAUCAUUCAUACCAUCCACAUACUGCCCAUUCAACACCAUAUGGCGCACAGUCAUAUCAAUCUCCAGUUGCAGCUCAACAAUCUCCGUAUUAUACCCAGUAUUCCCAGCCUCUUCAGACGCCAUACGCGCAGACGCCUCCUCAGUAUACAGAUUCUAGGACCCCUGUAACCAAUCCACUAGCAAGUCAAAAGACACCAAAACCGUCUCCGAUCAGCAUAACAGGCUCUGUGACCAAAUGGAAGAAGAUUGAAAAAUACAAUUUUGGCAUAAUUCCAGUGUCUCCUACUCGGCCUCAAGCUGGAGAUAUCAGUCCCAUCAGCGACGUUGACCCCUUCGCUGAUCAUGAUAGAUCAGUCACAUCUAAAAGAGGCGGUAGGAGCACAAGAUCAAGUCGGGAGCAACUUCAGGGUAAUGAGUCUCUCGUCAAUGAUCGUAGAACAGAGAGACCGCGUGGCGGCCGAGGCCGAGGACCUGGGAGAGGGCGCUCUCGACGAGCGGGUAGCGUCGGAUCCUCCACUUUUGCAGGGUCUUCGCGUAGAAGUCAUUCACCUACUGACGAGCAGACCGGUGUCAAGCCUGAACCUUCCACGGCUGCUGACGAAAAUGUAUCCGUGGCGUCGUUCAAUACAGCUGACGAGUCAUCACGAAAACCAGCCCGACCGCGUCGAGGCACUCUUCGCGGAAUGGAUGUAGAUAGCCAGCGACCAACCUCCAAACGGAAACGAGAUGAACUUUCUGCGACUUCCACGCCAAAAGGUAAACAGGCUACUGUAGGAACCCCCGGUCUCACACCAGUCACUCCAAAGCGGCCGACGAAAAGGCCAGGCUACAUUCUCGCGACGCGCAAUUUCCCGAAACUCACUCUACCUUUGAUGACUGAAAUCACCACACAUCGACUAGCUUCACUUUUCGCCAAACCGCUGACUGAGAGAGAAGCUCCUGGCUACAAGGACCGAGUAUACAGGCCGCAAGAUCUCAAGUCUGUUAAGGCAGCCGUAAGUGCCGGCAGCAAGGCGUUGACGGCUGUGCUUGAAGGGCUUGGUGAUGAAGCACCUACAACAGGUGCUCACAUCUGGGUGCCGGAAAACGAGGAUCUGAUGCCGCCUAAGGGUAUUGUCAAUGCUGGUCAGCUUGAAAAGGAACUUAUGCGCAUUUUUGCAAACGCUGUCAUGUUCAAUCCAGACAUCAGCGAGAAUCGGGGGUUAGGGCCAGCGUUCCGCACACGGCGCAAGGCGAAGGAAAGUAGUACUGUUGCAGAUCCUGAAAGCGAUGAGAAUCAGCAUGCGGGAACUGCGACUGGCAAAUUCGAGAUUGGGGUUGCUGCUCCUAUCGAAGGAGCCGUGGUUCAAGACACUAGAACCGUCGCGAGAGAUGCACAGGAGAGUUUUGCCGCUUGGAGAGCAGUCGAAAGUGAGCGAGACGAUGAUGUUGUGGAUCUUGGGGGGCCAGCCGCUCAGCCUACAGAGGAUGGUGGGGAAGUCGGAGAUGCCGAAGAGGAGGUCAAGGAAAGUGUUGAAGAGGAAGGCGAAGGUGAAAGGAGGAGUAAGCGGAGGAGAAGGUGA